AUGGUCUGGGGUCGAUCUGAUGCCGACGCACCAACUGUAAAUGAAGUGGUUAACAAGAAAUGUACAAAGAGGAAGCAGAGGAUGGAAAGCCAGACUUUUGUGACUGAAUUUAUUCAUCUUGAUUUCCCCAGCCUUCAAAGGGUCCGUGUUUUGCUCUUUGUGGGAGUCUUGGUCAUCUACAUUUUGACUCUCACUGGGAAUGACAUCAUCAUUGCCACAGUGGUGAAUGACAACACUUUCCGCAAAAUCAUGUAUUUCUUCCUUGGAAAACUGUCAUUUUUAGGAAUCAUCCAUGUCUCAGCCACUAUACCCAAGCUUUUGGGCAGUCUUCUGGAUGUCAAGAAGUCUAUCAGCAUAGUUGGGUGCAAAGUCCAAGCUUGCUCCAACUUUUUGCUUGGUCCUACUGAGUUUUUCUUCCUCACAGCCAUGUCCUUUGACCAAUGCAUAGCAAUAUGCAACACUCUCCACUACAUCACCAUCAAGUGUGGAAAAACGUGUGCUCAGUUCUCACUUGGCUCUUGGAUGGGUGGCUUUCUGAUCAUCUUUGUGCAAACCAUUCUGGUGUUCAGACUGCCACUCUGUGACCCCAAUAUUAUCAGUCACUUCUACUGUGAUUUCAGACCACUGCUGAAGCUGGCUUGCACUGCCCGUCAUAUUGAAUGGCUUGUUUUCACUGUUGCUACAGUGGUUCUGUUAGCACUUCCUUUGACUAUCAUCUCCUGCUUUGCCAUUAUAUUUACCAUAUUGAGGAUCCCAUCUGGUUCUGGACAGAAAGCUUUCUCCUCCUGCAUUGCUCAUCUGACUGUAGUCAUCAUGCUUUGUGGGGCAGUCAUAUUCAUUUAUGUCAGGCCAAGAGGGCAUACCACACUAAAUAAGAACAAAGUGAUAUCCCUUCUGAACACCCUUGUAACACCACUGUGGAACCCUUUCAUUUAUACUUUGAGGAGCAAAGAGGUAAAAACGGAAUUGAAAAAAAUCACUUACCAGAAAUACAAUAUUUGA